AUGGACGCUUGCCAAGCCAAAAUAGAAAGAAAAUACAACCAUCAAUUUGUGACCUACGAGGAACUACGCCAAUGGUCCAUCUCAAAUAUAAAUCGAUUCUGGGAGGAAGUGUGGGAUUUCACUGGCAUCAAGGCCUCAGUGCCCUUUACUAAGGCUGUCGACGAAACCGCUCCCAUGUUCCCCCGCCCUGCCUUUUUCCAACAUGCCAGACUGAACUUUGCCGAGAAUCUUCUCUACCCAAAAUGCAAUCCGAAUGAGAACUCCUUCGCCGUGAUCGAGGCUAAUGAAAAUUCGCGAGGGUACGUAUCGUGGCGUGAGCUCCGGGAGCGGGUGCGAGAACUGUCAGUAGCAUUGCGAAACCUAGGGAUCAAGGAAGGAGACUGUGUAGCUGCAUAUGUUGCCAAUCAUUGCAAUGCCUUGCUAGCGAUGCUUGCUACGACUUCCAUAGGUGCUAUUUGGACCGCUAUUUCUCCUGACACUGGUACCCAUGCGGUGCUGGAUCGAAUCCAGCAAAUCCAGCCCGUAGUGCUGUUUGCUGACAACGCGGUGAUGUAUAAUGGUAAGGUGCAUGAGGUCCACGACAAGUUGAAAGACAUUGCCCAAGAACUAACUCAACUGAGGGCUUGUGUGGUGUUUGAAACCAUUCCUGGUCAUGAGAUUGAUCUUCAAGACAUCUCAGUCGCUCAUGGGAAAGCUUGUAGCCAUUCUGAGUUUGUUCAAUCAGCAUCAGAUGAAGCCAAGCUUGAAUUCGUCCAGCUUCAGCCAGACCACCCAGUGUACAUACUGUAUUCAUCAGGAACCACGGGAAAGCCUAAAUGCAUUGUUCACGGUGCGAUUGGCACGUUGAUCCAACAUAAAAAGGAACAUGAUAUCCAAUGUGAUAUCCGGCCGGGAGAUCGUCUAUUCUAUUUCACCACUUGUACGUGGAUGAUGUGGCAUUGGCUUGUAUCCGGCCUGGCGACUGGUGCUACCCUCGUUCUCUACGAUGGGUCUCCAUUUCGACCGUUGGGCCCUAAAGGUAGCGGUGACCUCGCCAUGCCUCGUUUGAUCGAAGAGCUUGGCAUAACCCACUUUGGUACGAGUGCAAAGUAUCUCUCGCUGCUCGAACAAAGGAGUGUCAUGGCGAAUCAAAAAGUAAACCUGAAGACCUUGAAAGCAAUAUACAGCACAGGAAGUCCUCUGGCUCCUUCCACCUUCGAGUUUGUCUACAAGGCUUUCGGCCCAGACAUCAAUCUUGGAAGCAUCACAGGUGGAACGGAUAUCAUCUCUCUUUUCGGAGCGCCCUCCCAGAUCUCGCCUGUCUUUGCAGGUGAAAUCCAAGUACGAGGCCUCGGAAUGGCUGUGGAAGCCUGGGACUUCGAAGGCAAGGAUGUCACCAACUCUGGCGAACCUGGGGACCUGGUCUGCGUUAAAGCUUUCCCUUGUCAACCAGUCAUGUUCUUCGGUGCUGAUGGCGAAAAGGUGUAUAAGAAGAGUUAUUUCAAGGUGUUUCCUAACGUCUGGCAUCACGGUGAUUUUGUUCGAUUCAACCCACGGACAGGCGGUUUAAUCAUGCUUGGACGCAGUGAUGGCGUCCUGAAGCCCGCUGGAGUAAGAUUCGGCAGCUCGGAGAUCUACAAUGUUAUUUUGAAGCAUUUUUCGGAGAUCGAAGAUGGUCUCUGCAUUGGCAGGAGACGAGAAGGUGAUACUGACGAGACUGUUGUCCUCUUUCUGAGGUUGGCUCGAGGGGCAAAGUUCUCAGGCGAGCUCAGGGAGAAGGUCAAAUCAGUCAUACGGAAAGAGCUUAGUGCAAGACAUGUACCAGGGGUUGUCGAUGAAUGCCCAGAGGUUCCAGUCACUAUCAACGGCAAGAAGGUCGAGGUUGCUGUCAAGCAAAUUCUAUGUGGCACCAACGUUAAGACGUCUGCAUCGGUUGCGAACGCCGAUUGCCUUGAUUGGUAUCGUCGCUGGAAUGCAGACCACCAUGGCUGA